GCGUCAGGGGUUAAAUCUAAAAUGAGCUGCAGUUGCAUAUUUUCACCAGCAGGGGUCUCCUCGCCUCCAAACACAUGUCGUCAUCAGUGCACCAGGCUGCCAUGGCAACGCGGCUGACGCUUAUGGAGGCACUUCCUGCUGAAAGUGGAGAAAAGCGCACAAACGGUGUUUUAAAGGUCUUCAUUUGUAGUUUGGUGGCUUCUAAAACAGCAGCACGUGAUGUAUUGAACUUCAGCGGAGACUUUUAUUAACUGUGACUCUCUUUUUACUGUUUUUGUGAAGGACUGAAGCCAAGAGACAGCUGCGAGUCUUCACUGACUCCUCUGAAGUUAAUGGAGGAGAGAAACGUGUGGUUAUCGAUGCAUUUAACGAGACCAAAGUCCUCCAAAGGGCGCAGCAGACCGGCUGUAAACAGCUCUGCAUCUUCGGCUGACUCUGGCAGCACCCAGAGGUCCCCUACUGGGUCUCCAGACUCUGCAGGGUUCAGCAGGCUGGACAGAAACCUGUGCUCCCAGUCCCAGCCCAUCAUGAGGCAGAGCAGCCCGCUGAGCCAGGAUCAGGUGGUGGUGCACGCUGCUCCACCUCUGUCCUUGAACAAGUACAAGGUGCUCCCAUCUAUAGGGAGGAGGAGGUCAGAGGUGAGUCCAGAGGACAGCCUGGACACAAAGAUGUCCAAGCUGAGCCUGUCUGAUGAUGCAGUCCUGCAGCACAAAGUGAAGGAUGUGACCCGGACCAGCAGCUCUGAGCUGGACAAGACGGCUGAAGUCUGGCCUCCUGAUCCAGGACCAGUAAAGACCAGAGAGGCAGGUGCAGCUGGUGGUUUGCUGCUGGCUGUCAGAGCACCGUGUGGGAGGAGGUUUCAGCAGCACUUCGAGCCCACGGACACUCUGCAGAAGGUGAGAGACAGCGCAGAGCUCAGGUACGGAGUCACGUACGCCGAUGCGUCCAUCGAGACCAUGGACGUGCCACGCAGGACCUUCACAGACAUGGACGUGACCUUGGCCCAGUGCGGCAUCCUGAACAGAUCGGUGCUGUGCAUCUCUCAGAGAGACAGUGUGGCCGAGUGAGCUGAGAGGAUUUUCAAGUUGUGUUUUGCAGCUGAAGUUUGGUGGCGUGGUGGUUUUUGACCCUUUGAGACCUGAGCAGAUUGGCU